UCUUCUCUAUUGUGUCUUUUUGUGGGAUAUAAGUUUUUGGUGAAGAGUUCUUGAGGUAAAGGUGCCAUCUUUCCAGUCUCUCUCUCUGUUUGGAGAUUAGAGAGGCCGAUGAUCGUGUAUAAUUAGGAUAGAACUUGUGGGUUGUGGUGGGUCUUUGAUUGUGUGAGGAAUCUGCUGAGCUAAGGAUGUUUGGGUGUGAGUGUUUUUACUGGAACCAAGUCUCUGAAUUAUCUUGGCCAGAAGUACAGCCAGAGCCCAAGCCUUUCUCUUUGCCCUCACCUCUACCCAAAUGGCCUCAAGGCCAAGGUUUCAGUACUGGUAGCAUAAACCUCAGGGAAAUAGAAGUCAUCAAAAUCACGAAGUUUGAAAGUGUUUGGAACUCCAAUAUUUUGCGCGAAAAAUCUAAAGGUGCUACAUUCUACAAGCCUGUGGGGAUUCCAGACGGCUUUUACUGCCUCGGCUACUACUGUCAGCAGAAUGACCGGCCACUGAGAGGUUAUGUUCUUGCGGCUCGUGACAUCAAAGCUUCCAAACCAGAAAUCGUUUGUGAUUGCGACUCAAUAUUAGAGUCUCCUGCUCUAAGAAAACCACUCAAUUACUCCCUGAUUUGGAGUAAAAAAUUGCAGAAUUAUGGUUCUGGAUAUUUUUGGUUGCCAAAUCCUCCAGAGGGAUAUAAAGCCAUGGGAGUUGUGGUCACUGACAAGCCAGAGGGGCCUAAACUUGAAGAUGUCAGAUGUGUCCGCGAGGAUCUUACAGAGACCUGUGAGACAUUUGAUCUUAUGCUUUCAACAGAUUCACAUUCUAAUAACUACCCAUUUCAGGUGUGGAACACAAGACCUUGCACAAGGGGGAUGUUCGGUAGAGGUGUUUCUGUAGGGACAUUCAUUAGUGGCACCUACUUGAGCUCUGAAGACAAGCUGUUAGAUGUUGCAUGCUUGAAAAAUCUUGAUUCUUCCCUACACGCGAUGCCUAAUCUGAACCAGAUUCACGAACUCAUCAAGAACUAUGGCCCUACAGUAUAUUUCCAUCCUGAUGAGGAUUGUUUGCCCUCAUCAGUGCCAUGGUUUUUCAAACAUGGGGCACUUCUUUAUGAAGAUGGAAAGAAUAAGGGUGAACCAAUUGAUUAUAGGGGCUUGAACUUGCCUUGCGGAGGAGAAAAUGACGGGGAAUAUUGGAUUGAUUUGCCAACUGGUGAUGAUGCAAGAAAUAAUGUCAAAAGUGGGAACUUGGAAAGCGCAGAGCUCUAUGUUCAUGUAAAACCAGCUUUAGGAGGGACAUUUACCGAUAUUGCAAUGUGGGUAUUUUGUCCUUUCAAUGGACCAUCCACCAUCAAAAUCGGGUUAGUGAGUAUAGCAAUGAACAAACUAGGGCAACAUGUAGGUGAUUGGGAGCACUUUACACUCCGUGUGAGUAACUUCACUGGAGAGCUGUGGCAAAUGUUCUUCUCACAGCAUAGUGGAGGUGAAUGGGUGGAUGCUUCAAACUUGGAGUUCAUUCAAGGAAACAAGCCAAUAGUUUAUUCAUCAAAACAUGGUCAUGCUAGUUUCCCCCACCCUGGAACCUACCUUCAAGGGUCUUCAAAGCUAGGAAUUGGAGUGAGAAAUGAUUGCGCUCAAAGCAAUUUCUUUGUGGAUUCGAGCACCAAGUAUCAGAUAAUGGCAGCUGAGUAUAUUGGAGAUGGAGUUGUUGCAGAACCAUGCUGGCUGCAGUAUAUGAGAGAAUGGGGACCAACCGUUGUGUAUGAUUCACGAUCAGAAGUCGAUAAGAUAAUUCAUCUUCUUCCAUUUUUCGUCCGUUUUUCAGUGGAGAAUCUCUUUGACCUGUUUCCCACCGAGCUUUAUGGUGAAGAAGGGCCUACUGGACCAAAGGAGAAGGACAAUUGGUUGGGAGAUGAGAUUUGUUAACUUUGCCCUGGAUCAUAAGACUCCAAUCAUCAUGCAUCCUCACAUCUACCUAUGGUUUCUGGCUCUUUUCUGGUAAGGAAAGCACCAAGUUUGGCAUGUCAUAACUCUUGACAUGAAGGGCAAUCACUACUUCUCUGGUUGUUAUUUUACCUUGUGUUUGCAUAACCCUAUGCGACAUAAUCUUCUUGGGCCCAUAAGCUUAUUAAAGGAGAUUCAGAUUUUUCUGUAGAUUAGUUUCCUUGAAGAGAUUACACAUACAUCAUCAGUAAAGAUGGAGAGUGAAAUGAAUCCCGCCCCUGCAUGAAUGAGUCUCAGCUUUGGAAACUAGAGCUGCCUGGUCAAGGAAAACGAGAAAUCUCCAUGGGUUGGAGGCUUGAAGCUGCUCUCAUACAAUAGCUUGGGUGUUCCCAGAAGCAUUCUCCAGAUUUACAUUAUCAAUAUUGUUGUUUCAUCACAUGAUUGUAACUUACUUGAACCAGUUCAAUUACGAUGUUCCCACACUAUAGGACAUGUAGACAUAACUUCAUUGUGUGUA